GUUUACAUGGUAUCAGAGUCACGUAGAAUUAAUCUACGAUCUUCCUAAACAUAUCAUUUUUUUUCUCUCGAUCCUUACCAUGACUAUCACGUCUGAUACUGAGGUUAUCACUCUUACUGCUCCUACCAAUCUUCCGAUCAAGUUGACUGCUGCUAAUUUUCCGGUCUGGCGGAAACAGGUUGAAACCACCUUCACCGGUUUUGAUCUGCUUGGCUAUAUCACUGGCACCUUGCGGCCACCUCCUAAAUUUACUGAUGAGGCCAACAAAGUUCCUAAUCCCUGUUACUUUACUUGGUAUCGACAGGAUCAAAUUCUUAUUAGCGCUAUUCUUGGUAGUUGCACUGAAUCUGUUCAGCCGCUACUCUCUUCUGCUAAUACGGCGCAGGAGGCCUGGGAUAUCCUUGCCUCCAGUUAUGCCAGCGCCUCUCCAGGUCGUAUACUUGCUCUUAAGAGUAAACUCUCCAAGAACCCUCGGGGUACUCGAUCUAUUGCAGAGUACAUGAAAGACAUGCAACAGAUUGCAUCUGAUUUGGCGUUAGCCAAAAGUCCAGUUUCUGAUGCCGAUCUCCUCAUCUCUAUUGUCAAUCAACUUGGGGAUUCUUAUCAAUCCAUUGUAUCGGCGCUACGUGUUCGGAACACUCCCACGACUAUGCUUGAAUUAUCUGGCAUUUUGGAAGAUCAUGAACGUCUGCUUCAUUCUUCCGAAGAAGCCGCACAUUCUCUUCUAGCUACGGCACAUGCUACUGUUCGCCAGCCAUCUUAUGUUCCUGCUCCAGCCUCUCCUAGAGACUCUCAGGUCAAUGGUCGUGGCCAUGGUGCUUACUCUAGAUCCUCCUCCCGUGGUGGUUCGUCUUCUUCUCGCUCUCAUGGUCGCCAAGGUCCCAUCUGUCGAUUUUGUCAAAUCCCAGGUCAUGUAGUACGUGAAUGCCGUAAACUUGCUCGGUUCUUGCGUGACAAUCACUACACUACUUCCUCUGCUCCAGCAAUUCACAACACUGUUACUGCUUCUCCUACUUCAACGCCUGGUUCUUCUCCAUGGAUGUUUGACAGUGGGGUGUCUCACCAUGCUACAUCCCAUGUCUCUUCUUUGCAUGACUUCUCUGCCUAUGACGGUCCCGACGAGAUUCGCCUGGGCAAUGGAUCGGCUCACGGGGACUCCUCUCAUGCGGGGUGAUCGAGAAUGUCAAUGGGGUUUACUAUGCACCCGUGUUACCUUCACCACAACUUCAUUCCAUCACAUUGGCUACAGUGUCGGAUUUACAUCACUGCUUUGGGCAUCCCUCCAAUAAAAUUUUGUCUCUUAUGUUGAAUAAAUGUCAUUCUCGUGUGGAUUCUAGUCUGCUUAAUAAUUUUUAUUGUACUUCCUGCAAUAUUAAUAAAAGUCACAAACUCCCCUUUUC